GGCCGCGCUGCGUCCCGGGCGCCGAGCCGCGGGCAGCCGGGCAUGGACCUUCUGGCGGCCGGGUCCCAGGCUCUGGGGGCCGCUGGGCCGCCGCGGGGCCCCCAGCUGCAGAGCGCGCAGGAGGCUCCCCCCAUUCCGGAGGCUGGCUUUGGCACAGUGGACCACCCUGAUCAGGAGAGAGAGACUGAUGCUGCCAUGGAUCGACUAGCCAGUGGAGCACAGAGCAUCCCUAAUGACAUUCCUACCCAUGGUGAAGGCACACAUUCUGAAGAGGAAGGCUUUGCUGUGGAAGAGGAGGAGUCUGAUGGGGAACUGAAUACCUGGGAGCUGUCAGAAGGAGCACACUGUCAGCCCAAGGAGCAGACGGCUGAUCUUUUCAAUGAGGACUGGGACUGGGAGUUGAAAGCGGAUCAAGGAAAUCCUUAUGAUGCUGACGACAUCCAGGGGAGCAUUUCUCAAGAGAUCAAACCUUGGGUAUGCUGUGCCCCACAAGGAGACAUAAUCUAUGACCCCAGUUGGCACCAUCCACCUCCACUGAUACCCCACUAUUCCAAGAUGGUCUUUGAAACGGGACAGUUUGAUGAUGCUGAAGAUUGAAUGUGGAGCUUUCUGCCUUAUGGGCUAUAGUGGGAAU